AUGUUUUCUCGGUCGAAUCUGGUUCUUCAACAAUUACUGAUAAAGAAUGCAUCCCGGAAUAGUUCGCUGGAACAAGUUCAAUAUGUGAAGCCAAUACUUACUCGUAAUCUUGCUUGGUUCCGCGGUCAAGCAGUGAAGGAAGCUUUUGGGACAAGGCUGAAGCGGCGCUUAAGAAAUCUUCUCGUCGUAACGAUUGUGGGUGGUGGUUUUUAUUACGGUUAUCGUAGUUAUAAGAACUAUAAGUGGUAUCAAGAAAUAACGGAGUCGGAUGAAGUUAUUGGUUCAAAGCCUCGGAUCGUUGUAUUGGGAUCAGGAUGGGGUGCUGUGCCAUUAUUAAAACAUCUGGAUAGCAAAAAAUAUGAAGUUGUUUGUGUCUCUCCGCGGAAUUACUUUUUAAUGACGCCUUUAUUACCAUCUGUUAGCGUUGGAACGGUGGAAACUCGAACAGUAAUAGAAUCGAUCCGUUCAUUAGUUGGACCACGUGUGAAAUAUGUGGAAGCAGAUUGCGUUGAUAUUGAUCCGAAAUCAAAAACUAUUACAUGUAAUAGCGAUGGUGCGAAUCCAGUGUCUCGUGGUGAUGAUGUCAAAGCUAUAGUUAAAUCAUCGAAACGCGAAGGGGGUGCAUCAUCACGAAUAAUCAAAGAUUCAGCGCGUAGUAGACCACAAUUUCAGAUGAAAUAUGAUGCACUGGUUGUCGCAAUUGGUUCUGAGAAUAACACAUUUAAUACUCCUGGCGUUGAAGAGCAUGCUCAUUUUUUGAAGGAAGUCCUCGACGCUCGACGUAUACGGUCAGCGAUCAGUGAUGCAUUCGAAUCAGCUAACACGCCGUCUCAAACUGAUGAAGAAAGAAAGCGGCUUCUUCAUUUCGUUGUUGUUGGUGGUGGACCAACAGGCGUCGAAUUCGCCGCCGAGCUUGCUGAUUUAGUUCGUGAAGAUCUUCAUCAUUAUUUUCCACGACUUGUUGCCAAUGAUGUGAAAAUAACAUUGAUUGAAGCACUUGAUCAUGUCCUAUCUAUGAUGGACAAACAAAUUAGUGACUAUACAGAAAAACAUUUUCGUCGUGAAAAUAUCGAAGUUCUCAUGAAUACAUUUGUGAAAGAAGUGAAACAACGUGAAGUUGUUAUUCAAUUCAAAGGUUCCAAUCAAUUAACAUCUAUUCCAUGUUCGGUUGUCGUUUGGGCAACAGGAAUCAAGGCACGACCGUUAACAAAUCGUAUCCGAGAGAUCAUUGGCCUAAAAGUUCAAAGCAACCGCAUGGGAAUUCUGACUGAUCGGUAUUUACGUGUCAAAGGUGUCGAAGAUGGUUCGAUCUUUGCUAUUGGAGACUGUGCUACCAUUGAACAACCUAAACUAGUCGAUCAAAUUCAAACAUUAUUCGAAGAAGCAGAUACACAACAUCGUGGAGCACUUGAUCUUCAGCAAUUUAAGUUAUUGGUCGAACGAAAAGUGGCUGAGUUUCCACAGCUUGACAUCUUCUCGAAAACAAUCGAAAAAACGUUUCAAGAAGCUGAUAAAGAUAAAUCAGGUUUUCUGACUCUCGCUGCACUUCAUUUGGCACUCGAAAAAGCUGAUCGCAAAAUUCGCGCCCUACCUGCAACCGCUCAAGUCGCCUCUCAGGAAGGCCGAUACGUUGCUGAUCUACUUAACCAAAUACCAAAUUUAUCAGCCAACGAUUAUCAACAACAUGAUCUCAAACCGUUUCGCUACAAACAUAUGGGCUCAUUGGCUUAUGUUGGUAGCGAUUCUGCUGUGUUAGAUUUUACUGGUACAAGACCUAUUCUUGAUCUCUUCAACCUACAGCCGCUAUCCGGCCGUAGUGCUGCUUAUCUCUGGAAGUCAUUUUAUUUUACCGAAAUGUUUACAGGACGCACGAAGACAUUACUGGCAUUUGAUUGGAUCCGUACGCACUUGUACGGACGAGAUAUAAGUCGCUACUGA